GUCCCCAUCAGUCAGCCAGUGCCGCACCGCACGCGACCCGAGGCGCCUCGCCGCGCCAUGUCCAUCGAACCGCUGCGUCCCUCCCCGGCGGCGUCUAUUCCGUAUUCCACCAACGCUCGCUCGUCGCUCCCCUACCAAAAUCCGUCGAUCUAAGGGCGGCGAUUCAAGAGAGAGCUGGACCCGAGCCUCUCCGGCGGGUGGAUGGUUGCGGCACGGAGCGGGGGGAUGGAGUUCGCGGCGAUGAAGCGGAGGGAACUGUUGGAGCUCUGCCGGCAGCACGGCCUCGCCACCCGCGGCUCCAAAGCCGACCUUGCUGCUAGCCUCGCGGGUGCAAUCUCGGGGGCUGCUGCUGCAGAGAAUGCGGUUGAGGUGGUGGUGGGGAAGGGGUGUCUGAAGCGGCUAGGAGGUAGUGCUAGCUGUGGCACUUCCGGUGCUGCCAAGAAGGUGCGAUUUGCAUUGGAUGAAGAGUCGGAAGAGAGGGCAAGAAGACGGAGGUCCCUUGUGGUCUUGCAGCCGGUUGUUACCAAGACAAGGGGGAGGCGCAAAGCCAAGAAGGCACUUGCUGCUGCAGCAGUGAGUGGAAGGGGUCAGCAGCAGAAGUGCAAUGAUGUUGGUUGUGAUUCUGCUGAUAAAGAUGUCACAGGAAAGGUGGGUACAGAUACCCCAGUGACGCGGUCCACAAUGAAAGCGAUGUGUUUAUGUGCUCAUAGUGGGGCUGAAAGUUGGAAUAAUCCUGCUGUGGCUGAGAAAGAAGGGAUGGUAGAAGCAGCUACUGAUAGGAAGCAGAGGUGGAAGACCCGGGAGAAUGCCGUGGUUAUUGCUGCCAAUUCUCAUGAAGGAAUUUCUUGUAGGAUCACACUGAGUUCAAGCUCGUCAUCGGCAGCAGCCCUGGUGUAUCCUUUUGUUGAAAAGAAGAGAGGGAGGAGGAAGGCAAGAGAUGGUAAGGAUGAACUAAGUGCUGUGGAGCAGGCUGCUGAAGUUCAAGAUUUGACUACUGCAGCAGUACCGGUUAUUAUCAAGAGUAGAGUAGCAGGAAUGGAGAGUAUUACCCUCUAUCUGCUCAAAAGCUCCUAAGAUGCUGGUAUCUUGCCGGACCACAUCAAGCUCACUAGCAGCUGCUGUGACAUUGCCCACUGACAGUGGAUGCAAGUGGAGGAAGACAAGGGGUAGGCCCAAGUCCAAGGAGGGUGCAACAGUAGUGAGCGGAAGGGGUAGUCGGCAGAAGUGUGAUGUUGGUGACGAUUCUGUUGAUCACGGUACUUUUGGAGAGGUGGGUGCAGAUGCUCCACUGACACAGUCCAGGAAAAAAGCUGUGAAUUUGUGUGCUGAAAAUGGAGUUGAAGGUCAAAAUAAUCCUGUUGAAGCUGAAGAAGAAGGGCAGGUGGUAGGAGCAGCUUUUGAUAGUAGGAAGCAGAAGCGGAAGCGGAAGGCCCAGGGGAAUGCUGAGGGUACUGCUGCCAAUGCUCUGGCUGGAGUUUCUCAUGGAAGCACGAGGAAAUCAAACUUGUCUGCUGUUGUUGACAAUAGGAGAGGGAUGAAGAAGGUAGGAGAUCAUAAUGAUGAACUUGGUGUUGAGGAGCAGCCUACUCAAGUUCAAGUUGAGGAGCAGCCUGUUGAAGAUUGUGUUCCUGCUGUGCAGAAAUCUGGCAGGACCAGAAGAACAGACUCAGUAGCAGCUGCUGCGAUGUUGGCCAUUGUCACUGAAAACAAGGUGAGGAAGGCAGAAGAUGUACACCCAGAUGGAGAGCUACCUGCAGAUUUGGAGGUUCCUCGAAUUGGUGCUCCCAUUACCAGGUCAUCAAGGAACAGAAAUGUUCAAGUUUACAACAGUGUGGUGGAAGAAACACAUGUCGGCGAGAAGAUUGAAGACAAGAGGAAGCCCGAUAGACCAUCUACUCACAGUUGCAGGCGUCAACAGCUUGCAUCAUCUGUAAAGGAAGAAGAACAAGUUGCUGCUUCAUGUGAGCUCCCUCGACUAAAGCAAUCAAUGAGAAACCAUCCUGAGGCUGAUGAAUUGAUAAGUAAUGCAAAUUUAGAAACCAACAAGUUUUGUAGAUUACCAGUGGCCAAUGACUUGAAGAUAGUUCACCCAUUGACACUUAAGGCUGCUAAUACUAGUGUGGAAGAUGUUGUGACGAAGGCAGGAAAAGAGAUGGGUUUCACAAAAAGCAGCAGGGAGGAUAAGAUAAAAAAUACUGGUGGAGUUUCAGUCUCUGUUGACGAUGGUACUAAGGCUUCAGCGGCAAAAACGGAGUUAGGAGUGCUUGUUAAAACAACCACAGGUAUGCAUGAAAGUGCUAGCGGUGAGGAGUUUCAAAGUGCCAAGGGUGGAGAUGUGGGUAAGCAGCCAGCAGUAAGGGGGCCUGUUAGGCGAUCAACACGUAGAUGUGUGGUGGCGGGUUGAAUCUGAGGCAGCCCUCUCUUGGAUUGUGUCCAUAUGCUCCACCACCUGGAGCUCAUGGAGCCAGGUGGCUUUUUGUUAGCAUGCCCAGGGUCUUGUGGGAGCAAGAUUAUAAGGUCAAUCUAAUCUUGAACACCAUCGAUGCGCCGGCUUCCUCGUCAAUUCUUUUGGUGCCUGCUCUCGGAAAGAGUAUCUGAGAGUGAGGUUGAAAUAGUAUAUUGCAAUUUCUCCUUAGCCGCUGGAGAAAGAAAAUUCUUUUGCUUAGUGGUGGAAUUAUAACAUAGUGCUAUCAUGUAAUCAAGUGUAUUUUAUGUGCUCACAAAUUAUAUUGACCAUGUAGUUACCUAUUUGAUUUGAGCCUCACUUGUACGAACUCCAUUAAAUCGUCAUAUGUAUCUCAACUUGCUUUGCAUCCA